CGAGCGGUUGCAAGCGCAAGCUCUGCUGCUCUCUCUCCUUCACUCUGUCUCUCUAUCUCUGUCUGUCUGUCUCUCUUCCUCUCAGUUUCUUAUCAUCAAUGUACAACUCAGUCACAGUGUUGUUGCCCACUCGCCAUGAAGGUACACAUAACCUCCUCGUCUCUCGACGUAUUACAGCCCUAAUUACAUCAGAAUAGCGAAUAGACGAGUCCGGCAAUACACCUAUCCUCCUGACUAUGAUGGACGCAAUCCCGAGCUUAAGGGUCGUGAGUGGACCCUAAGGGCUUAUCGGCAAAGGCGACUCGAGCAAGCGGCCCAGGGGCUAGAGGAAAUCGCUGCUCAGCCUCGAGGAAGAUAUUCAAAAGAGCCUCGUGACGGAGAGCUUUCGCACGGUCGUGGCGCGGCUGCGGCACGGCACCUCUUCCGGGGGUUCCCUGCCGAACACCCCGAACCCAUCUACCACACCUGAACACAGGGUCCAAGGAUGCCCGGAGCAUCGCGGCUCGCCCUACAAGGGACCAACGUCGAAGGGUAGCAGGGCAGACUCGGGCCAUCCGAGCGGCGUCCUCUUGGCGUCGUCGCGCGAGGACCGUCGACCCAAUGGUUUCUCGCGCGACGGCAACAUCCUCUCGCAGGCGGCCUCCGCUCUCCGUAGACUUCAUUUCAAGUCCGUCGGCGGCAGCCGCACGGUGCCCAAGCUCAUCGUCAUGGGCUCGAGCACCGCCUCGGAGACGACCAUCAACACGAGUACCGACAGCGCCAACACCUUGGUCACCAUAAUAAAUGGUACUUCGUCAACGAAUACAACGACGAGCAUAAUUCAGAAUGGAUACGAUAAUAUGCCCACGACGUCAACAAAUUUCAUUUUCGGUGAUACGGAUAGUCCUGGAGCACCUCCACCUACUCCAAUGAUCGGACCUCAUCAAAAAUCUCGAUUCACAUUUACAGGAUUGGAUCAUCGAAGCAAAACACCAGCAUUACCGGAUCUUCGAACUGCCGACGUAUUUAGCCAACCGGUUCGAGGUUCCGUAGAUGCAGGUCAACCAGAUCUGCACCAAAUUGGCUCCAUACUAGCUUUAGUUGCUGCUAAAGACAAACUUAAAAACUCUUCGCCUUGCGCGGAUUCAACUACAGCAACAACGACUGGAAAAGAAUGCCAAGAACCGAUAAUUAAUGGCACGUCCACCAAAACUAACAAUGACAACGGCAAUGAACAAACGAGUGAUAAGAGUCUUGCUGAUACUACAGUGAAUUCAACAGAAUCGAAAAAUUCCGUUCAAACUGCAACGGGAUUAACUGGAGCAAUUACGAAACCAAACAUCAAUGUUACGACAAAUCCCCUCGAUAUAUCGCUAUGUUCGCCUCAAGUAUCGUCCGCAACGCAAAACACCUCGUCUAAUGCAAGAAAUUGGAAUAGGACAGCCGGUGGCAAUAUAGCUGGGGGCAAGAGGACGGCCCAGGCGACGAUCGUCGUCCAGCAGCCGUCUCUGUCCCUGGACGCGCCCGCGGCUACGAUUCUGCUGAGGCCCGCCGACUCUGACGCCAAACGCAGCGAGGAGCACAUGAAGCAGAUACUGGACGUCACCAAUAAGCUGACCCUCAAGGAAAUCCAUGACGUCGAGAUGAAAUACGGAAGCCCGCAUCACAGUCGCUCACAAUCGGUCAAAACGCCGGGCUGUCGAGCAUCCGGACGGCCGAAUUAUCUCUGCCUCCCACAACAGAGGUCGAGGGUUGCGAGUAUGCCGAAUACCGGCGUCGAAGAGGAGUACUACCGACAGAGGCACUUUAGCAUAACACCUAAGGGAGUGGUGAACAGGGGUGACUCUCUCAAGAGCCGCCGCUCGCGCUCCAACAACAGCGUUGCCUCCAGCAACUCGAGUACGGAGCACCUAACAGCCUCGUAUCCGGGCUCGGCUCGCAACUCUGCCGCUGGAUCACUCGCAAGUUCGCGAGAAAGUAGCGCCUCUCAAGGUCCGACACCCUAUCGUGUUCUGAUGCUCGGCGCCUCGGCCGUCGGCAAAAGUUCACUGGUCUCGCAGUUUAUGACUUCGGAGUUCCUUCAUGCCUACGACACAUCGAUCGAUGACGAGUCCGGAGAGAAAACAGUGAGUGUGCUGCUUACCGGAGAAGAAUCCGAAUUAACUUUUAUUGACCACCCCUGCUCGGAAAUGGCGCCGGAAAACUGCAUAGCAAAGUACACACCGCACGGCUACUGCAUCGUUUAUUCGACGACCGAUCGCUCGUCCCUGCGCGUCGCCGAGGAGAUUCUCCAAACUCUCUGGCGCAGCGAUCACAUAUCGGCCAAGGCGAUCAUUCUCGUUGGAAAUAAGGCCGACUUGGUGCGCUCCCGUCUUGUUACGACCGAAGAUGGCACGUCAAUGGCCAUUCGUUACGAUUGCAAAUUCAUCGAGACGUCGGUGGGCAUAAAUCACAACGUGGACGAACUCCUCGUUGGCCUCCUUACCCAGAUCCGGCUGAAGCUCGAGAACCCGGAACGCAAUCGCGACCUCUUUCGGCGACGAUCUCGUAGAAACCGCAGUCGCUCGCCCCUUGGCUCCUGCUCGGAGAACAACUCGCCCAAGAAGUACCGAGGCAGCAGGACGAGCGCGAGCGUCAAGGUGCGCAACCUGCUGGGUCGGGUCUGGGCAAGGGACAGCAAAUCCAAGAGCUGCGAGAACCUCCACGUACUCUAAAGCUGGAGAAAGGAAAGAAAUAAUCCCCAAGACUGACCGAGCUGGCCGAUCGAUCAGGUGAUCGAUAGGAUGUCUAACUACCCUGAUUUCCCUCUUUCUCCCUCCAGCGACGCCGUCUCGCCCCACCCCGACCUCUCUCACCCAAAUCUCGUUUCUUACUGGAAGA